AUGGAUUUCGGAGCGAACUGGGCGUACAAGGAAAUAGACGUGAAAGUGAGUGGAACUCUUCAAGAAGCUGCUGAUAUUCUGAGAAAAAUGAAGGAAGAAAAGGCGGAUGACAAGGAGAAAUCAUUGAUUUCACGCAACUUUUCGGGUAUCUCCAUAACAUCAACUGAAUCUCACAAGACAAUUUCCAUCAGUUCGAUUCAUCGUUCUUCGUCGAAAGAACCGAAACCAACUAUUCGUACUCCACGUGAUGAUGGAAAGAAUCGGAAAAUAUUAUUCCCGAAAGCUGUGAUUGUCAAUUCGAAGAAAGAAUCGUUGGUUUCGGCUAGUUAUGCGGAGAGUUCUAAUGAAAGCUCCGUGGAUCCGAUCACUCCAAUUCCGGAUAGUGAAAAUCUGUUCCCCGAGGCAAUCUACAUUCCGGCUAACAAAGGAACAACUAAGAUUGAUGUGGCCGUUGGUCGUUCCACUUCUCGUGAAUCUUGUGAAUCCAUCAGAUCAAUUCAACGUAAACAUGUUCAACAGAUGGGACAGGAACCACUUGAAGACAUUCAACACUUAAAACGUCGUGGAUUGAAGAAGUCGAAACCGGACGGUCUGUUCCCAUCGGCCACUUAUAUUUCUGGAGGAGAGAAACCUAAAAUGACGAUGUCUCCACUGACAAGUGAAAUCCAAUCGAGUGUUGCUAGAACUACAAAUACGGACAACAGUCUUCUCUACGAACAAAUGGAAUUCAUCUCGACUAAUGGACGUUUCAAAAUGUGUAUUCAACCACUCGAAAAGAAGAAGAAAUCGGAUGAAUUUCCAAUUGUUCCGAAACAAUUGCAAUCGAGUACCCGACUGAAAAUUGAGUCGCAAAAAAUCAAAUUCUCGGCUCAAAUCUCAUUCGGAACUGAUCAUUUCAUCGAUUUGUCGGGUAUUUUCAAUGGAAGUUCGAUGAAGAAAAAUGAUGUGACUAAUCUGGUCAUCAAUGGACAAUCCUAUUCUACUUACUGA